AUGGCGAUGGUCGAGCGGCUCGAGGACGACGAUGUGGCAUGGCGUCGGCAUGUGCUGAUGGAAAUCGAUCCAUAUGAGGCUGAACCGCAGUCGGUGGCAAAACUGGAGAGACCCGAACCUGAUCUUCCCUCAGCAGGUGUAUCUGGCGAAGUGGCAGAGAAGGACGAGCGACGUGAAGUGGAGCUUCAAUUUGAUUCUGCACCUUCCGACGACGAGCCUAGUCCGACAAGGAACCAGCCGAGCUCUCCCCAAAAAUUGCAGGCUGCUGAGGCACAAGUGGAUGUACACCGAGAGCAGUCGGAAGCAACCCGGGCAGAGUCGCCGGAGUCAUUGAACGUGGAGUCCGUGGAUGACUCUGUCCCUGCUACAAUCGAGGAUCCUGCCGUGCAGGACGACAAGGAAGCGACUGCCCGGGAAGCUCCCGAGGAGGACGCUGAGCGAGGUGCCGGAAGCUGCAACGCCGCUGAGGUUUGGACGACGCAGCCUGAAGCAGAUGGCAGCAAUGCGCAGAAGCAGGAGGAGAUGAAGCCCAUUCAGAAGAUGCGACGUGUUUUCAUGCAGAGGUCCCGCCGUGGCCCUCCAGGUACAAACGACGACAAGGAGCCUCACAAGGAGGCGCAGGGUGACCAGCAGAAUGAGCGUGCUGCGGACGAGUCGGAGCCUGGCGAGCAGGGCGACGCCGCAGCGAAUUCCAGCCCGCAGCCGGAGCCCAACGGAGAGCUCGAGAGUGAGCGCCGGCCAGAUGAAGGCAACCGGGACUUGGCUGAGGCUGAGGAGCCCGUCGCCGGGGGUGUCGAGCAUUCCCAAGGUGAGGAGGGGACCAUGGAGCCGGAUGCCACCCAGGAGCCUCAAGAUGAGGCGGAAGGCGCGCCUCAGGUCGAGGAGCCUGUCAAGGACAUGGGACAUGCCGAGGGCUCGAAGUUCCAGGAGUCUUCGGACGAGCCAGGCUCCGAGCUCGAGCCGGCAACGAAGCCGGCGGCGGAGGGCUUCGACAUCCCGGAGGAGCCCGAACACAGUGCCCGGCAAUCUCCGACAGGUGCCUCGGAAGCCUUUAACUUCGGAGAUGCAGUUAGGCAGCUCUGGGCCAUUCUCUUGGACGAGCUGUCUGGGAAAGACGCAGUGAAUUCAGACAUGCACCACCGACAGCAUACUGAAUGUAAGCAAGAAGAAGAGAAACAGCAACAAGGAGGAGAAUGA